AGAGACGAGGAAACACUUUUUCUCACAGAGAGUUGUGUGUCUGUGGAAUUCUCUGCCUCAGGGGGCAGUGGAGGCCGGUUCUCUUGAUACUUUCAAGAGAGAGCUAGAUAGGGCUCUUAAAAAUAGCGGAGUCAGGGGAUAUGGGGAGAAGGCAGGAACGGGGUACUGAUUGUGGAUGAUCAGCAAUGAUCACAGUGAAUGGCGGUGCUGGCUCGAAGGGCCGAAUGGCCUACUCCUGCACCUGUUGUCUAUUGUCUAUUGUCUAUCUCUGAACUAAAAUGAACUAAACUGAAUUGAACUGAAUAUUUGCAGAUACCCACUCGCUGUGUCUAUCAAUAACACUUUACUGCAGUAAGGGUUUGGUCUGAUACAGCAAAACAAACUAUUAUAGGAGUUAGCUCACAUUGUCAGAACCCUCUACACCAAUGAUCUAAAAUAAAUAGAUGUCAAAUGAACAAACAUGGCACUCUCCAAAAAUUUCUAUUUGUUGGUAAAUUUUAAUUGCAACUCAAGAGUCAUUGAGUUGAAAGCCAGCGUAAAUGAGCUGGCUGGAUGGAUUGAGAGUCGAAUCCGUUGGCCACUAAGUUUGUGCCCUGCGUGAUUUAAUAUGAUUGUGUUAAAGGUGUUUUAUUUAAUUUUCUCUUUGGAUUUUUGCGCGUGUCAGCAGGACCUUGUGCGUGCUCCAAAAAUAAAGAGGGCCCGAACAGACAUUGGUGUGGAAAUCUAGAAGCCCGGUUUAUUUUUAGUCCAUCAAUUCCUUUACCCACGUGUGGCUUUAAGUUGAUUAGAAUGUUUCGGCGAGCUCCUCUCCACUGGACCGGGUCACUGGUUGUCCUUGGCCUCCUUGCCGGAGUGGCCUGCCCCAUCCCCAUAGCCAGGACUGCGAGAGGGGGUCUGGGCGAGAGAUGGGACACGCUCCUCUCCAGAUCCUUGCAUCCGAUCUCUGGGAGGAAACUGGACCUCGGCUGGGACAAGGACUAUUUCAGAGGAAUCAAGAGAGUGAGGAGGCUAUAUUGCAACGGCGGCAUCGGGUUUCACCUGCAGAUCACAUCCGAUGGGCAAAUUUGUGGAGCUCACUCUGAAAACGAGUACAGUCUCUUAAUGAUAUCUACAGUUGAGUUGGGAGUGGUUAGUUUAUACGGCGUGAAAACGCGUGCCUUCGUGGCGAUGAAUAGCAAAGGUCGACUGUAUGCAUCGAAGGACUUCAGCAGUGAAUGCGAAUUUAAAGAAAGACUCUUGCCGAACCGCUACAACGUGUACGAAUCGAAGAGUUACCCGGGGAUGUACAUAGCGUUGAGUAAACACGGACGACCCAAGAGAGGAAGCAAAGUUUCACCCACAUUGAGAGUCACGCAUUUUUUACCUAGAUUAUAAAAAAAAUAUUUUUUUUCACAAGACAAAAUCUUCAUGGAAAUAGCAUUGCGGAAGAGUAUAUAUGUACAGGACAUUUCUCGUCUAACGUUAACUUAUUAACUGAUAUGGAAACAGCAUUACCUGUAAAUAGGUACUACUUUUUAUAGUUAUUAUGACAUUAAUGCUGCUUUUUAAAGUAAGUGUGACUCUGGGCAUGCGUGAAGGAUACUUUCCAUUGUGGUCAGAUUGUGUUCUCAGCGAGACCGGAAUACUCUUUAGUUAAAAGGCCAGUUACCAGUUGCAGUAGGAUCUGUUUCCUAAAUUCUGCAAAAUGUCGGUGGCACGGUGGUGCAGCGGUAGAGUUGCUGCCUCACAGCGCCAGAGACCCGGGUUUCAUCCUGACCACAGGUGCUGUCGGCACGGAGUUUGCACGUUCUCCCCGUGACCGCGUGGGUUUUCGCCGGGUGCUCUGGUUUCCUCCCACAUCCCAAAGACAGGCGGGUUUGUAGGUUAAUUGGCUUCUGUAAAUUGUCCCCAGUGUGUGUAGGAUAGAGCUAGUGUACGGGUGAUCGGUGGUUGGCGAGGACCCGGUGGGUAGAGGAGCCUGUUUCCACGAUCUAAACAAAACUAAACCAAAGCAGACUGGACCACUCUGGGCUAGACUACUCCAGUCUAGGCUAGACUACUCCCAUCUGGACUAGACAAAACAGACACUAUCUGAAAACAAUGGUGAAUGAGUUUGUAGAUUAGCGAUCACUUUAGUGGAGAUGUGACACAUGCAUUUGGGUACUUACUGUCCAAACAAUGAACUGCUGCUACUGGGAAUAUCCCCGACUUCCUCCAGCCAUCGUGAAGUGCCAACGCUCGCUCCGCAGAGCAGGAGGAAACCCUGAGCUAUUCACAGCACACGGGUCCAGGAAACAUUCAAAGAUGGAAAAGGGGGAAAUAUAUUUGACGAUUAGUGCCGGGGAAGGUUAGAUGACAUUCUUGUGUUUUAGAAAUUCAUUUUCAAGGUUUAAAAAAAAUGUUGAUUGAUUUUUAUAUUAUAUGCACAUAUAUAAAUAUUGACUUUGAUGUGGUGGUGAUGAUUUAACAGCUCCAGUGCUGGUUUACUGUGACUUGCUGCCUUGUACUGAAACCAGUAGACUGAUAGAAAAAUCUCAAAGGAAUAAGAAACCAAGUGGAUAAUUUUGUCUGUGAUAGUGUGGGAUUAUGUUCAGGAAGUCUUUUAAGGUUUAUCUAGAAAUAGAAAUAUGUUUUUAGUUGUUUUGGAUAUAAUAGGAUUUAUUUUAGUCAGAGGGAGGUGAAUCUGUGGAAUUCAUUGCCACAGAAGGCUGUGGAGGCCAAGUCUUUGGAUAUUUUUAAGGUGCAGAUUGACGGAUUCUUGAUCAGUACGGGUGUCAGGGGUUGUGGGGAGAAGGCAGGAGGACGGGGUUUGAGUGGGAGAGAUAGAUCAGCCAGGAAUGAAUGGCGGAGUAGACUUGAUGGGUCAAAUGGCCGAAUGAUGUUCCUAUAACGUAUGAAGCAAUGGAUUAGAAACACACUGACUGUGUUUGUUGUUGGUGAUUAGUAUUUCUCAGCCGAGAGUUAUAGUGAAUUACAAAGGAAGGCUGCAUAAUAACUUCCAGAAAGAACUUCCAGAUAUUUGCUUGAAAAAAAGGGGGGGGGGGAUUUCCAAACUAAUUGGGGGUGAAUAGCAGUGUAAGAGUGAACAAUGGGGAAAUCUUGAAAAGAGUGGGCACAGUCGUAAGAGAUCAAAUGGCCUCCUUCAGUUCCGUGUGAUGUUUAAGAGCUGCUUUUCUUAAUUCUUUGUUCAAUGGUUCGUUGUUAUCACAUGUACAGUGAAGUGUUUCAGAAAGAACUGCAGAUGCUGGAAAAAUUGAAGGUAGACAAAAAUGCUGGAGAAACUCAGCGGGCGAGGCA